GCUUUCCAGCAGCUCCACGUGAGCCCUAAUCCUCAGCUGCAAACCCAGUACAGAGGUGGGGCUCUGCAGUGACCCCCCCUCCAGCUCCUCACACCACUCCGGGGUUCUAUUUCAGAUAACUGGAAUAUAUUCAUUAAUUUAGAAAGUUGAAGAUCAUGGCGGUGAACUCUGCUGUCAAUGUUUCAGACGCUGCUGCACCUUAUGGAGGAAAAAGUGCUUUUACUCAGCAGGAGCACAACAUAGUGGCUGGAUAUCUGAUUACAGCAGGUGUCAUCAGUUUAUCCAGCAACAUCAUAGUUCUGCUGAUGUUUGUGAAGUUCAGAGAGCUGCGCACCGCCACCAACAUCAUCAUCAUCAACCUGGCCUUCACCGACAUCGGGGUGGCAGGGAUCGGUUAUCCCAUGUCGGCGGCCUCCGACAUCCAUGGCAGCUGGAAGUUUGGAUACACCGGCUGUCAGAUCUAUGCAGCUCUUAACAUCUUUUUCGGCAUGGCCAGCAUCGGCUUGUUGACUGUGGUUGCCAUUGAUCGCUACCUCACCAUCUGCAGACCGGACAUAGGGCAGAAAAUGACCAUGCGAUCGUACAACAUUCUUAUUUCGGCUGCGUGGCUGAAUGCUGUGUUCUGGUCCUCCAUGCCCAUCGUGGGCUGGGCUGGUUAUGCUCCGGACCCCACUGGAGCUACAUGUACCAUCAACUGGAGACAGAACGAUGCCUCCUUCAUCUCGUACACAAUGGCAGUGAUAGCUGUGAACUUUGUUGUUCCUCUGACCGUCAUGUUCUACUGUUACUACAACGUGUCCGCCACCGUCAAGAGAUACAAGGCCAGCAACUGUCUGGACAGCAUCAACAUUGACUGGUCGGACCAGAUGGACGUCACCAAGAUGUCCAUCGUAAUGAUCGUCAUGUUCCUGGUUGCCUGGUCUCCGUACUCCAUGGUGUGUCUUUGGGCAUCUUUUGGUGACCCUAAGACCAUCCCUGCCCCCAUGGCAAUCAUCGCGCCCCUCUUUGCCAAGUCCUCCACCUUUUACAACCCAUGUAUUUACGUCAUUGCCAACAAAAAAUUUAGAAGAGCUAUCAUUGGAAUGAUCCGGUGUCAAACCAGGCAGCGGAUCACUAUCAGCACGCAGGUUCCCAUGACGAUCUCCCAACAGCCUCUGACCCAAUGAGACAACUUUCAAACGCAUCAUUGUUGAACUCUGUUGUCAGUGUUUCUGCUGUGGCUCUUCUCCUGUCAAAUGCACUGUAGUGUUUACUGUGUAAACUCUGCAUGCUUUAGUCAUUGCUGCUGUUCAUGAUAAAGCUGUUACUGUACAGGAAGUAUCCUGCAAUCAUGUCAUGUCCACACGCUUCAUCUCUGUGAUGGAUGCAACAUCUAUUCAAAAAAUGCUUUAUUUUAAACUUCCAAAUCUACUGAGAUACAAAA